AUGAACGUGAUAGAACGGAGGACGGUGAUUCUAUUCUUAGCCCUUCUUGGAGCGGGUCCGAUUCAAGGAAGCAGUAGCGAGAAACAUCGUGAGAAAAGGCAACUGCUCUAUCCUCCGCCGCUGGUGUAUCCUUUUGGCGGCAAUUUCAAGCUGAUCGUGGGCCUCGCGGUACCCGUGCAACUAUCUGGCAGAAUUUUAGUUUACGGUCAGAACAUACAGUUCCAAUACGCAUUGCCAGACAACGCGACAUUUUUCACCAACAUCUUCGAGGGUUCGUCGCGACGACGCAGAAACGCAUACUGGAACGAACGGACACCCGUCUACGAUAUUUUGGAACGUGAACUAGACAGAAGAAAUAUCGACGGAAAAAGUUGUCUGAAAAAAGAUAUCUGCGAAACCGCUGCGACGCCAUUGAAAGACGAGGGAUUGCUAGGAGAACUAUUGCAUUUGCUGCUCACCCCGGAUCACGGAGGUGCUCCGAGAAUGGACCAAGAGUACUUAGAGGCAGCAGCAGCUGGAAGGAGACACGAGAAUUGCUCGAUGAUUUAUUCCGCAUGUCCUGCCGGCCUAGGAAUUUUAGAUCGAAUUUCCACAAUUCAUUAA